CUGUCUCUGUAUUCAUGCAGUAAAAUGGAAGAAGCCAGAUUUUCUCAGGAUGAGUUCCCGUGUCCAGUGUGUCUGGAUCUCCUGAAGGAUCCAGUGACCAUCCAGUGUGGACACAGUUACUGUGAGAACUGUAUUACAGACCGCUGGGAUCAGGAGGAUCAGAUGAGAGUCUACAGCUGCCCUCAGUGCAGACAGACCUUCAGUCCAAGACCUGCUUUAGCUAGAAACACCAUGCUGGUUGAAGUGACAGAGAAACUGAAGAAGAGGAAACGUCCUGCUGACUGUGACGCUGGAGCUGGAGAUGUGCAGUGUGAUGUCUGUACUGGAAGAAAAUACACAGCCGUCAAGUCCUGUCUGGUGUGUCUGAACUCUUACUGUCAGAAUCACCUUGAACAACAUGAGAGUUGGUUUAGAGGAAAGAGACACAAUUUGACUGAAGCCACUGGACAACUGCAGGAGAUGAUCUGCCAGAAACAUGAGAAGCUCCUUGAGGUUUUCUGUCGCACUGACCAGAAAUGUAUAUGUGUGCUGUGUACGAUGGAUGAACAUAAAAACCACGACACUGUAUCAGCUGCAGCACAGACGACAGAGAAACAGAAGCAGCUGAAGGAGACGCAGAAGACGUUCCAGCAGAGAAUCCAGCAGAGAGAGAAAGAUCUUCAGCAGCUGAGAGAGGCUGUGGAGUCUCAUAAGCGCUCUGCACAGACAGCAGUGGAGGACAGUGAGAGGAUCUUUACUGAGCUCAUCCGCCCUAUUGAGAGAAGCUGCUCUGAGCUGAAACGGCUGAUCAGAGAUCAGGAAAAGACUGCAGUGAGUCGAGCUGAAGGACGACUGGAGCGACUGGAGCAGGAGAUCAAUGAUCUGAGGAGGAGAGACGCUGAGCUGGAGCAGCUUUCACACACACAGGAUCACAUCCAGUUCCUGCAGGUAACAGAGAUCUAGAAGAACAGGAUCAUAGUGGACUUGAGCGAGAUCCUGCUGUGACAGAGACUCACAG